UCAAGUGAUCCUCCUGCCUUGGCCUCCCAAAGCAUUGGGAUUACAGGCAUGAGCUAAGUCUGAAUAGAUGCCGAAAUCUGUUUUAUAUGUAUGGAUUUUAUUAUCUUACCUACUAAGCUAUCAAUUCCAUGAAGGUGGGGACUUUGUCUAUGUUAUUUCAUGGAAUAGUCUCAGCACCUAGAAUAGGCAUAGCAUACAGUAGAUGCUCAAUAAAUGCCUGUUGCAUUGAAGGAUGAAAGGAUGGGCGUGGGUACAUAUCCACGUGUGUACACCAGUGUGUAUGUGUUAGCUGAGGGAGAUAUGUAGGUAUGUAAACCUGUGGGUCUCUAGCCCUCUGUGACUGACAGCUCAUGCAAGAUCACAAGCGUUUGUCCCAGCUCUGUGCUCUGUUCCCAGUGGUGGCCACCAUGAGGGACCUGAGAAAGAAGGAGACACUAGAAGCAGCCGCCGGGGAGGCUCUGGGACAGACCCUCACAGUGGCCCAGCUAGACGUGUGCAGCGAUGAGUCGGUGGCCCAGUGUCUCGGCAGCAUCCAAGGAGGAGAAGUGGACGUGCUGGUGAAUAAUGCCGGAAUGGGCACCGUGGGGCCCGUGGAGGGGCUCAGCAUAGCUGCCAUGCAGAGCAUCUUUGACACCAACUUUUUCGGGGCCGUCCGUCUGGUCAAAGCUGUGCUUCCAGGCAUGAAGAGGAGGCGGCAGGGCCACAUCGUGGUGGUCAGUAGUGUCAUGGGGCUACAGGGCGUCAUGUUCAACGAUGUCUACGCGGCCUCCAAGUUCGCCCUGGAGGGAUUCUUCGAAAGUCUGGCCAUCCAGUUGCUGCAGUUCAACAUCUUCAUCUCCCUGGUGGAGCCAGGCCCAGUGGCCACGGAGUUUGAGGGGAAGCUCCUGGCGCAGGCUUCCACGGCCGAGUUCCCAGGCACUGACCCCGACACCCUGCGCUACUUCCGGGACUUCUACCUCCCAGCCUCCAGGGAGCUCUUCCGCUCAGUGGGACAGAGCCCGCAGGAGGUGGCCCAGGUCAUUGUCAAGAUCAUCGGCAAGGCGCGGCCACCCCUGCGCCGGCAGACCAACGCCCGCUACUCCCCGCUGACGCUGCUCAAGGCCCUGGAGCCCUCGGGCGCCCUGUACGUGCGGACCGCGCACAGCCUCCUCUUCCGCUGGCCUCGCCUCCUCAACCUGGGCCUUCGGUGCCUGGCCUGGGGCCGCCUCCCAACCCGGGUGGGGCCCCGGUGAGCGGAGCAGAGCCCCGCCGUCUGCCUGCGUACAGACUAGACUCUUCAUUCAUUCAUUCAUUCAUUCAUUCAUUCAUUCAUUCAUUCUGCAAACUCUGCCUCCCCCACUCCGUGCCUGAGCUUUGCUGUGCCUCAACCUCCAGGCACGGACCCUCCCACGGUCAGGGCUGGGGGCCGGGGCUGAGGAGCCCGGAGCAGGAAGCCGGAGCCGCGUCUGGGAAGGCAAGGGGGGCUUCCUGGAGGAGGGGGCCUUGAAGGACCAGACAGAUUCUGGCUCAUUCGCCGCACGACUUCAUGAUCCCGGGCCUGAGAAUCCAGGCGUGAGUCACAAGCCACCCCGCCCCCACACAGACACCCAGGGCUCCGUUGGCCAAAGGGGACUUUCCCCAGAAACACGCCCCAUCGGCAAGACGUGUUGGUGCACACGCCAGCGAUGCAUGCGUGCUUUUCCCAUUAAAUGCAUAGUCACAACCACAAGCUGCUGUUAUAUUAAAUAUUUAAGAAAGAUCAGUUUCUUAAAUGUAUUUAUUUGUGUGU